AUGUCGGAUGUGCCGUAUGGUGAGAAAGGCAAGGUUGGAGAAGGUGAACGUUCUAUUAAAUGUUCCGAAAGGCCUGAAACUAUUGCGGCCGCACAAGGUAAGCGCUUUUUAUACUAUAGUAAGAAGUUUCUCAUGUUUGGAAAAUAUUUUUUGCUCAGGAGAGUGGUUUUGCUAUAAUUAAAUCUGGAGAAAGUGCAAAUUUUUAGAAAACAUUCAAAAAAAUUUUUUAAUGCCAUUUUUUUUAAUUUCUAAAUAAAAACUAAAUUUUAAAAUACCAAAUUACUAAACAUUUACUUUCAGAUACAACUCAUCAAAGUCUACAUACAAAACAACCCGUUUCUAUUGCGCAAAGUGUACCUUUAUACCUAAAGGUACCCACUACAACGUCAUCAAUAACAAGAACUCGACCAUCUUCAGUACGGCUCAGAAUUCUUCAAAAACCAACUACAACUUCUACACUCAGUCCUACAACAUCAUCAUCGUUAGUUUCACCCUUCACUUCUUCAGGAAAAACUUUACCUACAACAUCUGCAGCUUCAGGCUUUCCUACUACUUCUACAGCUUUGGACACACCUACUACUCCACCAGUACACCAGCUGACUGAAGUUAUAAUUCAUCUACAGUCAAACCCCCACGAUUCAGUCGCGAUUCAACCAUCACUUUUACCAAAAAAAGUUCAAUCAUCGCAAGAGUUGGCUCCAGAACAAAGGAAAAGACUUGACUCGGCUGAGAGAAAACUUGGCACUUCAACAAGCCCCGUUUUCUACAGAAGUCGGCCUAGAGCUGCGACUGAUCCUUAUAAAGUUAAACCCAUCAUAUCGCUUGACUUGGAAGAUCUUAAAGGUAGCCGAGAUUCUGAAGGCAAAGAAGAAGGUUUAAAGAGUCUUUCUGGAGCUUAUCGUAACAUAUCAGGUUCAGAAGGUAAUACGAAUAUUGAUAAAGGUUUUACUGAAUCUCACAAAUUUAACACGGAAGAGAAAAAGUGCUCAGACAAUCAGUACCAGCCUUCAGAAGCCCAUAACAAAACCAGAAGGCCAACUUUAGAACAAAUCGACCCAUUCCAACACAUUUCAAUCGACAUUCCUGAGGAGAACGGUGAUUCACGUCAAUUUACUCGGCGUAAAAACCCAAACGACGAUUCAGAAGCCUACCGUGAGAAACCGCCUCAAAAGCUCUCAAAACCUCAACUUUACGGUAAUCGACCAGUCGAUGUUACUUCUGUUCAAAGUAUCAACCCAGAAGAGCUACUACAUCGUCAAGUAGAAAGUUCUGAGCCUGAAAAACUUCAAAUAUUAAAACCUCCACCCUAUCAGAAUCCCACACCGUGGCUACAAGUGACUCCAGUCAGUGAUUCUGAUUCAAUAACUGAAGCGGAAUCUGACAUUGAAAAGUUUUUGGAAAACCUUGCUAACUCCAGAAGGCCGUCAAAUUUGUCGAGUUUCGAGAAUUCACGGCCAUCAACGUUCUCUUACUUGAAGCCGGCUCAUCGUUCCGAAUCUGUAUCGCCAAGUUUAUCUACACAGUCACGGAGGAUUCUUAAGGAUUCUGGAGACAAAAAGAGGAAACAAAGAAGUGUUAGUGUAGCUAGUUACAGUACUAGAAGAAGAGUUAGUACUACUCCGACUACUUUUUCACUACCGACUAACCUUAGGAAACAAAGUGUCGCGGUUGAAAGUGAGAAAGAAGGUGAAGAUAAAGAGGUAAGGGUAAGCUAA